GGGCAUUAGGGCCCUCCUAAUGACAUGUAUUAUGAGCCAACUCACUAUCGUCCUUAACGGGGGUCGGGGGCUGGUUGUGGCGAGAAUGGCGUUUUGGUUGAGAAGUAUGGGCGGUAGCCCAUCAUGUAUGAAAAACACACACACACACACACACACACACACACACACACACACACACACACAGUCACCCUGAGUCUCUUCAAGCGAGCACGCACAAUUUCCUUUACUUUGUCUGAUAUCAACCACCCGACCAACUCACUCUACGGCUUUUUCUUUUCUCUCUUUCUCAAUUCAGCUUGGCGUUCAAGGGGGACAAAUCAGGACUCUGUGUGUCUACGGACUCUAAAUGCGUGUGUACAUAUAAAAAAGGAUAUCCCUCGGCCGGCCCCCCUUGCGCAUCUCGGGCUUGAGCUUUGUGGAACGGUGGGAAGGGCAAAGUUUCUGUCGUACACGGCCUCUAAACUCAAUGGGAUGUUGUACCUGGUGGGAGUUGAGGAUUCUGAUUUUGAACGAAGGUCAAUGCAAAAGAGGAAUCAAUACCAAUUCAAGCAAAAGCUCUCCGAUGCUGUGACAUGAUAAGGAGAUGAAGUAAGGUAACUAGGUUGGGGAACACUCUUUGAGAUUAUCGAUCGACCCUGGUCAAGGCGACGACGCGCAAGGAGAGGGGAAGGAUAAGAUAUCAGACGCGGACGUGGAGCGACCCCGCACUGGCAACCCCUCACAGCUCAAAGAUUGUCACGUCUCAUACAAAACUAGGUAGCUAGCAUAGCUAAACCUCAUCAAUGAUCUGACACGAACAAUCGCUGCGUCAACUGCGCCUGUUCACGACAUG